UAAUACAUAUGUAUGUGUGUACAAAAAUAAGAAAUAAAUAAAUACUCGUAAUACAAGUGCAAAAAAUUACAACUCUCCUAUGAAAAUAAAUACCAACUUUGCCAGCAACAACAUAUCAACAAAGUGUUCGCAACUAAAAGUACAAAUACCAAUAUAUGUUUAAUACAUAUGUACAUACAUACAUACAUACAGCAAAUACAUACUCAAGCUUUGAAGCAUCAUUAAAGUGGUUCUCACAUCGCUUCAACGAAUGUAUGUUCCAGUCUAAAAUUUAUUUCAACCAAAAAAAUAAAAGUACUAAAAAAUGUUUGUUGCUGUAUAUCCCAACAAAAAUGACACUUACUUAAAAUUUAACAAUGAAGAAUCACAAAAAAUACUAAAAAUGUCACUUUAGAAAACAAGAGUACGUGUCUGCUGAAGAGAAACCACACCUUCAAUAAAUAAAAUAUAUUUAACAUUUCUCCUUCACAUUCCAACAACUAUAAAAGGCUUAUUAACAAAAAACAAAAAACCAACCCACAGCUGCACGGGAACCCACGAUAAGGCAAAGAAAAAAAUCUCUCGCAUACAAUUUCAAGCAGAGAAUAUCGCAUAUAUACAUACUCGUACAUAUACAUAUAUAUUUUAAUAACGGAAGCAGCCCCAACAACGUGCGAGUUUUGCUCAAAAUGGUAUUCUACAUAUCGUUUUUUGGCAAAAACAUCGACCCACCGGACAAAGCGGCCAACGAAAAGAGCAUGGCCUGCAUUCAAGAUGGAUUGGAACAAAUGAAAUUAGGUGCGGGAAAUCUCUCAUUCACAACAGACAUCGACUUUCAACGACCGCAAGCGAAUAACAACAUCACAGACAGCAGUUCGGACAAUACCUGCCAACAUCGAUGGACCCCCACGCAUGGCUACCGCGACAAGGGAAUCGGUGUGAUGACAAGCCUGCUGGGUUGUAUGAAACCGAUACUCUCCUUUAUGACCAAGACUGGCGUUAUCGAGAUCAAAGAUCCAAAAGAUUACGCAUGGGAGAUACCAUUUGAAUGCAUCACAGGCUUGGAGUGGCUGGGUAGCGGUGCACAAGGUGCCGUUUUCAGUGGCAAACUGAAUAACGAAAUUGUGGCAGUGAAGAAAGUGAAAGAACUGAAGGAAACAGAUAUUAAGCAUUUAAGAAAGUUGGAUCACCAAAAUAUAAUUAAGUUCAAGGGUGUUUGCACACAACCACCUGUAUAUUGCAUAAUCAUGGAGUUUUGCCCCUAUGGUCCAUUGCAAAAUAUUCUGAAGGAGGAGAAAGUGAUGCUGCCAUCUCGCCUAGUGUCAUGGUCGAAGCAAAUCGCACACGGCAUGCAAUAUUUGCACUCGCAUAAAAUCAUACAUCGUGACUUGAAAAGUCCUAAUAUUCUGAUCGGCCAACACGAGAUAGUGAAGAUCAGUGACUUUGGUACAAGCAAAGAAUGGAAUGAGAUUAGCACGAAAAUGAGCUUCGCCGGCACAGUGGCUUGGAUGGCACCUGAGGUGAUACGAAACGAGCCGUGCUCGGAGAAGGUCGACAUUUGGUCAUACGGCAUAGUGCUCUGGGAGAUGCUAACAUGCGAGAUACCCUACAAAGACGUUGACUCAUCAGCCAUCAUUUGGGGUGUGGGCAAUAACUCAUUGAAACUACCGAUACCGUCCAGUUGCCCAGAGGGUUUCAAGUUAUUGGUGAAUUUAUGUUGGCAUACCAAACCCCGCAACCGUCCCUCAUUUGGGCAAAUAUUAUCGCAUUUGGAAAUCGCUGGCCCGGAGCUAUUGCGUAAAAGCGACAAGGUAUACUUCGAAGCGCAACAGUCUUGGAAGGAGGAAGUGCGAUCGCAUCUUAAAGAAAUUACACAAAAUGGCACGAGCAUACAUAAAUACGAACAGGAUUUGAUUAGACGGCGCACGGCCGAGUGGCAGCAUGCGCAAGAUAUACGACUGGUCUAUGAAGAUAAGCUGGAGAAGACAAAUCGACUGUAUUUAGAAUUAAGUGAAUGCAUGACACAACUACAGGAAAAAGAAAAGGAAAUUGCAAUGCGUGAAAAACAACUGCCAGGUUACAAACCAACAAGACGCUUGGGCAGCACACUGCGAAAAAUACAGAAUUAUCGUAGACGACUUAAUCCACCCAUGACAACACCAGGAAAUGCUCAACAACAACAACAGUCAUCGACGCCUGAUCCUGAGACAACGCCAGAGAGUCCUCUUAAAGCCAUGCUGUAUGCGCAGGUGAUUAGCUUAAAUCAGACCAAGUCAUACUGCGUUUCCACGCAGAAGGCGAAGAAGAGCAGACACCGACGAGUUGGUUCGGGUAGUUUUGCAACUGCACCCAAAUAUAGUCCAAGUCGGGACCGACGCUACCAGAGCGAGCCCGACAAUCGUAAGAACGUAAAGCUAGUGGACACCGAAACUCAGACAGAUGCCAUGGAUAUUAGUGAGACGGACAUUAGUCCAAGUGCGUGCUUUGCAAUGCGCGAUAUCUCAAUGACUCUUGCGCCCGACACCGAGCUGCCCUCCUACGAGGUUUUGUAUGCAAUGGAUCGCAUUAAUCAGCGCCAGCCAGCGGAGCCACAAACUGCUAUGCAACGUGCACAACAACCAUCACAGCACCUAAAGGAGCAACAACCACAGACCGAUGUGCCAGUAGAAGCGGCGACGACGCCUACUAGUCUAAAUGGUAACUCCAUGACACCUUCAGAUGUGACUUUCCAAGAUGCAUGCUCUAGUCCUGACCAAUUGCUCGACGAUGUGAUCAACAGCAACGAAAGGCUUGACAUACCCGAUUACUGCAGUUCCAAUGAACACCUCGAUCGACUUGGCGAAAAAGUGAUCAAGUUUAUCAAUGAGAAUCGACUGAGUAUACAAACCACAACAACGCUAAGUAAUCAUGGUGAGGUAGCGACAACCCGUUUACAAGCUGACAAUGGCAAUGAGAAUGUGAGCGAAAGCAUUGGCACGACAACGCAAGAUUUGAAUCGGCACAGCUCGACGGAACGUAUGACACCGCGAACGAGUAGUGUACGACGAAAACAUCAACACAGUUUAGAGAGGUCGGUGCCUGCCGAAGCGCAUGCGCAGGCGCCCAGCAAUGCAAAUGGCGAGUCUAAGGAAGAUCUCUUCGAUGAUAGUUGGUCGGAUGAGGAGGGCGAGGAUACAGAUUACAAUUACGGCCUACGACGGAGAAGCAUUGGACGCCUUCCCAUAGGCCGUGGCAUGCGUGCGCGACGUUGCUAUAAAAUACCUAUCAUUCCCAAAAUUCCCAUCCACAAACGAAACGUGACUGUCGUUUCGGAUGAGGAAAAUACCUCCGAGUAUAGCCACUCACCAUCCAGCCAGCAUUCAACGCUCGAAAGUAAUCCUGAUGAAGUACUCAAACAAAUGAAAGCCACACAGAAGUGCGUCGCCACAACCGCUACAACGGACACCGAGGAAGAGGUCUCGUCUAGCAGCAGCAGUGACGAUGGCGAUGACGUGAAAACGCAGCAUGAACGUCGCCCAACAACAACAGCAGCAACACAACGACAAAGACGUGAACAACGACAACAUCAACAAAAAUAUGCAAAUGCACCAACAACACGAGCAAUAAGUGUGACACUUACAGCGCCAAGCAAUGCGCUGCCCAUUUUGCGCAAACGCAGUGAUGUAAUUUCCAUACCCACGUAUGAGGCGGACGGUGCUGUGGAUAUGGUGUAAGCUAAUGUACCAUGAAGUCACGUACAAGGCAGGCUCAGGGACUAUGCCUUUAACAUACUCGUACCAUGAUGCAUAGGUAUUUGCAUGAGGCUAUAGUUCCAACUACUUAAAAACAAAAAUUAUAUAUAUAUACAUAGUUCGUAAAAGAAUAAGAGAAAAAUUAUAAACGCAAACAAAUUUGCUUUAGUUCAAGUAUCUCACAAAAUUUAAUGCCCUGUAUUUAAUAUUAAAUCUACCAAUUUAUUACUUAAGUAAUCGAUACGAUAAGUGUACAACAAGUCAGACAUCUUGUCAUAGUAAUUAGUCAUACAUGAAUGCAUACAUACAUACACACAGGAUUACAUUAAAUUAGUACUCAUUACUUCAUAUUUAUGUAAAUGUUAAAAAUGAAACAAAUUGUGCACGUCACAUACACACGUACUUAUAAAGGGUUACAUUAUUUAAAUGUUGUAUGACUUGCAGUAAGAUUCCGAAAUA